AGACGGAGAAGGAGCUCUCGGUCGUCAACUCGGCCGUGAUCAACACGGCGUACAACAUGCUCAAAGCGCCGACGACCCGCGCCAACUACCUGCUGCAUCUCCAUGGCAUUGACGCCCUCGGCGACAACACGACGCUCAUGGACCCAGCGAUCCUGAUGCACAUUAUGGAAGCCCGCGAGCAAGUCGACGAGUGCACGUCCCUCGACGAGCUGGAACCGCUCAAGAAAGCCAAUGCGACUGACAUUGAGGCGUGCGUCGUGCAGAUCACUUCGGCUUUUGACGGAUCGCAUGACCUCGAGACCUCCAAGCGCCUCACGGUGCAGCUGCAGUACCUCAUGAAGCUCGCGGAAGCGAUCUUGGACAAGGAAGAGGCACUCGAAGGUUAAUUCGACAUAAGCGUUUCCGAU